AGCCCGAAAAUGGCGGCCUUAUAGAUAGAAGAGGCAGUCACCGGUAUUUAAAAUUGCAUAUCUUAUAAAUGUUGCAGUACCCUUGGGGCCUUCAAGUUUAUGCAAUUGUAACUGACAGUUAAAUUUACCAAUAUGGAAGCCAAGCCUGAGAAUGAGGCUGCUGACUUAUCUGCUGAUCCACCUGCUUCAUCGUCAGGAAAAAAGCGCAAAGCAAGAGUAUCUGAUGUUGUUGAACCUCGCACUCCACUUAAACGCCAGCGUGUUCCAGUCUCUAGAUUUCAGUCACCUUUAGAGGAUAUUCCUUUUGUACCUGAAAAAGAAGAGAAAAAGAAAGAUGAAAAUGUCACCCUGUAUAAGAAAGGUGCAUUUUUAGCAGUGAGAGGAGCAGAAGACACAUUCUACCUUUGUCGAACUGCCCAGAAUAUAUACAGCAAAUCCAAACGUCUAAGAAUUCAGUGGCUGAGUUUAGACUCUCCCCCUGAUGUCUACAAGUUUGACUAUGUCGACACCACAGAGAUGGAGACUGUUCUUACUGAAAUACAGAUGGAAAAAAUCUCUAAGGACAGCUACAAGCUCCCCAGCAGCGAGCAAAGAAGGGCAGAGAAAAUUCUAGACAGAGCUAUUCGAGUUGAACAAGGAUUAGCUACUGCUGAUGAAGUGGAGGAAGAGGCUUUGGAGGAAGUGGAGAAUGAGUUAGAGGAGAGUGAAGAAGAAGAUGACGACGAUGAUGAUGAUGAGGUUGACUUGUCAUCUUCUAGGCGAAGCCGUAGUUCUAAGAAAUCUCCCAAAGGGAGAAAGGGUAAAGCUACAGCUUCAGCUCAGAAGAAAAAAGACAAAGACAAAGACAGACAUCAAGGUAAAUCAUCAAAACAGAAAGGAAAGGGAGGAGACAAAAAGAAAGGUCCAGACAGAAAUUUAAAACCAAAUCCCAAGAUAAAAAUACUUGAGAAGGAUCCCUUUUUUGAGACUAAGGAUAAAGUUCCAGAUGUCUCACCCCUGAUGACUUCAAAGCUUAUCUUCAGAGCCAUAAACACUGGAGACUUGGAGUCCCUAAAGGAGUUGUUGGCUAAAACAGAAGGCAUUACAAAUUUCGAGAUCAGUCGCUCAGCUUUUGACGCACGAAAUGCCCUUGAUCUAGCUGGUGAACAGGGCAGGAAUGAGAUGGUUAAGGCUUUGGUUAGUGAAAUUUUUGACAGUGAACAGAAGUCAAAGAAAAAUAGGAAAAAUCCACCAGCUCCUAUAAUUACAGAGAUGGACACUGGCGUUUACAAUCCAGCGUUUCUUGGGAUACGGUCAGUAAGAACUUUAAAAGUAAGCAGAGGAUACAAAGAAGGAAACAAUGCAUUUUUAAUGGAAGAAAAUGAAGAAUCUAUAGAUAAGGAAUCAGUUAUACAACACUGGAUGAAGACUGGUGUCCCUGUUGAGACUAUGGAAACAUUUAUUCUGUCACUCUCAGCUGCCAACAAAACUACAAGGGAUGACGAGCUCCAUGCCGUUAUUGAUGCAAUUAGUAUUGCAGUAAGCAGAGGUAAUCUAGCUUUGGCUGCUAAGUAUGUGUCUGAGGCAGAAAGACUUGGAGGCUUCGGCUUUAACUUCCUUCACAAAGAGGUUCUAAGUUAUGAGAAAGAAGACCUUAGAGAUAUUAUUUUAGCAGCAUCUGUACGGAAGAAGCCUUUUUCUAAUGACUCUAUUACUCCAUUGCACUGUGCUGCGAUCAACCCCAAUGUAAAAUAUAUAACACGUCUGUUGUCAAUUGAACCUGAUGUUAACAUCCAGACAAAAUCAAAUGCCAGACCUGUUCACUUUGCUGCAGCGUGUGAAGGCACAGGCCCAUUGGAGUUUCUAAUCAAACGAAAUGCAAGUGUCAAUGAGACAGAUAAUAGUGGCAACUUACCAAUCCAUUACGCUAGCAGAAGUGGACGAGCCAAAAAUAUUGAUGUCCUUGUUAAACAUGCCAAAUCUGAGGUAGAUGCAGUUAUAAAUGAAAAAUGGGGCAUUGGAAUGGUGAAUAGACCAAAUCGUUUUUCUUAUUGUCCAUUGCACAUGGCUGUUGAAGAAGGACAAUUGGAUGCUGUUCGCACCCUUAUAAAAAAUGGAGCAGAUGUGAAUAAACCUCUCUCUGCUAGUAAACACAGAAUUACACCUUUGAUGAUAGCAGCACAAAGAGGAGAUCUAAAUAUAGCUAGAUUACUGGUGCAAAAUGGUGCUAAUGUUGAAAUGUUAGAUAGGAUAAAACGUUCAGCUCUGACUCACGCCAUCAUCAAUGGCAGCACUAAUGUGGCAUCCUACCUCUUGUACCUGGGUGCUGACCCCAACCGUGUAGAUUCAUCCAACAAUUCCCUUGUACAUUAUGCUGCAGCUUAUGGCUGGUAUUUUUGUCUUAAGCUGCUCAUUAAGGACGCAGGUGCCAAACCAGAUCAGCCUAAUGAUUGGCAGACUACUCCAAUAAACAUUGCCUUCCUCAAGGGUAAUCAUGGUCUAGUGGAGAUGUUGUUUAACCAUAAGGGAGUGGAUAUUAAUUUCAAAACAGACAGUGGCAUGACCUUGGCAAGUAUUGCCUGCAGGAGUCGCCUAGUUCCUGGCUUAGACUCACAAAUCACAAACUUGAUCAAUGUAUAUAAAGCUGAUCCUACCAUCAGAGAUGUUAAUGGGUUCAAUGCUCUUCAUCAUCUGGCAGCCAAUAACAUAAAGAUACUGGGCACUCAAUGGAAUCCAGAGGUCUCACCAGAAGCCAUGCAGAUCAGUGUAAAAAUAGCAGAGCUGCUUAUUUCAGCCAAGUGUGACCCAACCCUGAGGACUAAUGAUGGGAAAACACCUAUUAUGUUGGCUAUUGAACAGGUGAAUGUUGAACUAGUCAAAUUUUUAGUAGAGAAAGGUGGCACUGUGUCUCCUGAUAAAAAUAAUGAUGAGAAAACUGUUCUACACCUUAUGGCUGAACAGUGCUGCACAACAGAUCUCACACCUAUGCUAAAAAUCCUUGCUGAGCAUAAGCCGGUAGAGUCAAAUCAGAAGCCAACAGAAAGUCUUAAGCAGAAUGGAAAAGUGAAUGUGGCUGAUAUUCCCAGUGAGGAGAAAAAAGAGGAAACUCCUAUGGAGGUUGAUUCUUCUGACAAAAAACCAGCAGAUGAUAAAGGGCACAGUGAGAACAAUCUUAAUGGUGGCGACAGCACCACUGAGGUUAAACAUGACACAAGCAGCAACCCAGAGGCAGCAGUAGAAAAACCAGCUCCUAUUUUACUUUCACAACAGGAAGUUUUGAAGAAAAUGGCACAAGACAGGGAUUUCUUAGGCUUCACGCCUCUGUUAAGAGCCUGCUUUGUUUACAAAAAUUUCCAGGCAACUAAAAAGGACGCUGUCCAAAAAGUUCUUAACGCAAGAAAAUUUAUUGAAGGAUUACUUGAAUGGACAGGAUCAGAUGUUAAUGCUGUUGUUGGUCCCAAGAAUAUGCCAGAUGAAGUAGAGUUACACUAUGCUCCAGAAGGUCAAAGUUCAUCUUUACACUUUAUGGUGAAUGCUGCCUCUGAGAAAGGUGAAGCAGAGAUUGGACAAGGUAUCAAGCUGCUCCUCAAAUAUUCCCCCAACACCAAUCUACGAGACCUGCAGGACAAGACACCUUUGGUGUUGGCCGUGGAGAGCUCCAGAGAAACCAUUGUCAAGUCACUGCUUGAAGGUGGAGCUGAUCCCAAUGUGUUGAUCAAAGGACCCAACUUCCAAGUCACACCACUUGUAUUGGCAGCAGAGCGUGGUGCAAUUGAAAUUAUGCGACUUUUGAUUCAGUACAAAGCUGAUGUACAAAGUAGUAGGUCAGACAACUUGCGCACGCCAGUUCACAUUAUGGUCACUAACAGAGCCCGAGAAGAUGAAACUAUUGCCAUGAUCCAGGCUUUGCUUCAGGCUGGGGCUAACAUCAACAGCACAGACAGUGAGGGCGAUACUCCCCUCCACCUUGCUGUCAGGUUUAACAAAGGCCACUCCGACACUUCCACAAGUUUAGAGGAGUUCCUCCUUGAUCGUGGUGCUAAUGUUUUUGCCAAGAAUAAGCAUCAAAUGAUGCCACUUCAUUUAGCAUUACAGAAAACAGGCAUUGACCCUAUUGAGCUGUGUAGCCUGCUGACCAGUGUGAUGAGAGACCAGAAGGUGGAUGAGCCUGAUGAGCACAAGUUCACUCCUCUCUUGUAUGCUGCCAGCUCUGGUGCUACCAUCUGCUGCAUGCAUUUGCUGCAGAGAGGGGCCAACAUUGAAGCCAAAGAAUACAGGGGUAACACACCUCUUAACAUGGCAAUUUAUGGAGGAUUUGAUAGUUGUGCCAUCAUGCUGAUGCAGCGCAAUGCAAGCCUGUCCUUCCCAAUAGUGAUAAGUCUACCCAGGAAAGAGGAGGUGAAAAAAGAGACAGAAGAAGAGAAGAAGAAAAAGAAGAGACCAGUCCUGACUUGGCGUCCCAAGAAACAAUGGCAGAGUAGGCAACCCAAAGAUAUUCCUGGUGAAAGCAUGACUAUAUUUGAGGGUGCAGUGAAAAAAGAUUUAACAGGUGUUGCUCACAUGCUGCUUGAUGCUUUGGGCAUGCCUAUGGAAGCUGUAGAGUCUGCGUUGAACCUGAGCAAGUUUUACUUGGCCCUGCGGCUCCUGCGCAGAAUUCCAGAUGUCAGCAGGCUCCAUGCUAAGAAUAAAGAAGGACAGAACCUGUUUCAUGUUUUGGCUUAUAAGACAAGCAGACAUGAUCCUGAUCUACAGAUAAAGGUGGCAGGAGCUUUGCUAGAAAAAAGAAUAAUGUUAGCAGAGAAAGAUAAGCGGGGGUGUACACCACUGAUGUAUGCCGCUCUCAAACACCAGUCUGUUGCUCUUGCUAAAUUCCUUAUAACCAAUGACCUGAAGUUUGAUGCCAGAGUCAAAGACACCAGAAACCGUGACAUAAUGUCUGCUUUCAUGUGGGAUUAUAACUGGGUGUCAGACAAAUUUAAAGUGGAUGAAGUCAAGGAAUGGCUGGAUGUGUUGAUUGACCUUGGAAAGGUCAGCCUGGAUACACUAUAUGACCAUCCACUUCCUGACCCCUUGUUGUUUGGAGCCUCAGUUUCAUGUGAACAACCUGAUUAUUUUGACACACGAAGCAAGGACCUCACCAGCCCACUUAUAUUUGCCAUUAGAAACUAUGACUUUGGAUUGGCUAAAUAUAUGCUUCUUAAAGGAGCCAACCCAAACUUUGCAGACAGCAAUGGAUUGACUCCCAUGAUGCAUGCAGUUCGGAUGAAUGAUGUUAAGAUGGUCAAGCUGCUGUUAAACUACACCUAUGAGUUGGAGUCUGAUGAGCCAGUUGAAAAUGUAGCGUUGAGGCCACUGCUCUCAAAGGAACUCUCUAGGCAGGUUAUCACCAUCAACUUUGAGGUGCCAAAAGAGAAAAAUCCAGAUGAUAUAUUAGAUGAGGAAGUCAAGGAACAGAUAUCUGAGGAUGAUGCAGUUUCCCUGUCAAAGCACUCUGAGGAGAAUGAGAACUCGAUAGACCUGGAAGACCAUGAUGACGAAGAGCCAGUUGUUGAUGAGAACAUGGAUGUGGAUGAUGAGGAACAAGAAGAUAAAAAUGACAGUGACCAUGACACAGACAUUGUGGAAGAUGAGGAAGUAGAUAAAGUGGUAGCUGUGGCAGUGUCAAAAGAGAAUGAUAGUGUGAACCCAACAGGUGCCAUAACAAAGCUGUCUCUCACCAGACAUGUCUCACAGAUGAACAAAGAGAGGGAGUUUACAAGCAUACAGAAAACUAGUCCUGUAGAUUUGGUUGUGUCAGAUAAGAAUGGCUGGACAGCUGUCCACCACGCAGUAUGCUCCCUUGACCAUGCAACCUUUGACAAUGCCGAGAUAGUUUACCUCCUGGGCAAGGCUGGUGCCCCACUGGAAGCCAAAAACAAAGCUGGGGAGACACCCAUGCAGCUGGCUCAAAAAACCAAUGCCGAGAAAAUUGUGAAAGUGCUAAACAAAUUACUGGUGCUGGAGCCUUAUAACAAAGAACCUCAGCCCUAUGUUGGGAAUCCUCAGCCAUUUGUAGUCUCAGAGGUAGUCACUGGCCUAACCAAACCUGAUACCAAGGCCGAUGCUGAAGAAAUGCUAAAGAAAUUGGACAAAGAUGACCAGGUGAAAGAUGAAAACAAAUACCUACCAAAGGUGGACACAAACUGUGAAAUUAAAAACUCAGGGGUAAUGUCUUGCAGGGAAGUGGCUAGAAACCCUACCACAAACAUUCCUUAUGACGUCACAUUAAGUAAGGUAGAUGUUUCGGCUGGCGCUUGGGGCAUGUAUAAUUUUUACAAGAUGCAGGUAAUUUGUCACACCACAAAGAACUUGUUUAUUCUGUUCACACGCUGGGGUCGCAUUGGGGACAGAGGUCAGUUCCAGCACACACCCUACCAGACACUUCAGGAGGCAGCUAAAGAAUUCUGUAAAAUAUUUAAGUCUAAAACAGGCAAUGAUUGGAGCAAUUUAAGCAAAUUCCAAAAUCAUGCCAAGAAGUACCGGUUAAUGCCAAAACCUGAACACCAAUACAAGCAGCAGAAAAUUGAGUUUAAUUUCGAGUCAUCAUUACCAUCAAAACUUCCAGAGCCUGUCUUUGACCUCUUAACAGAAUUUAGUAGCGUUAAUAUGCUGUUAGCCUCUGUACAGAAAGUAGGACUAAAUGAAGACUUCAUGCCAUUUGGUCGCAUGAAGAGAGAAACUCUACUCAAUGCCAGAAAGAUUUUAACAGAUAUUGGUGACCUGAUAGAAAAAAUUACUAAACUUAGAAACAAUUUGUUAACUAAUGUCGGCACAGAAUACCAAAGUAAUUGUGAAGAGAUUGCAAAGCUGACAAAUGAAUAUUAUCACCUAAUUCCCAUUUACGGCUUUGAGGAUGAAACAAUUCAGCCAAUAGCAGACAAGAAAAUGCUCAGGGAUCACACCAAACUCCUUGCUGACUUAAUGGACCUGGAAGUGGCUAACAAUAUUCUCCUUGGUGCCAAUCUUAGAAAGGCUGAAAUGAAUCCAAUGGAUUAUAUUUAUAGCAGUCUGGAUUGCAGGAUACAGCCAUUGCUGGAAGAUGACCCUGAAGCUCAGUUUAUUCUUACAAAUAUACAUGCCACAGUCCCAACAGCCAACAUCAACAGGAUCUUUAAAGUGUCCAGAGCAGGUGAGGAUGCCAGACUUGCUGCCCUGAAACUGCCCAACCACCAACUGCUCUGGCAUGGCAGCAGCAUGUCCAACUUCCUGUCCAUCUUGUCUCUGGGUCUCUUGGUCACUCCACCAGAGGUUCCUUGGACUGGUCAUUUGUUUGGAGAGGGCAUAUAUUUUGCUGAUACAUUUUUGAAGAGCUCACACUAUUGUCAUAAUCACAGUCCAAAGUCUACUUGCAAGGCUAUGCUGCUCUGUGAGGUGGCAUUGGGAAAUCCCAAGAUAGACGUGAAACAUGGGGAUGAGGACCACCUGGAUGAUGACAUCAACAGCUUGAAAAUCCUGGGCAAAAAUGCACCUGUGCCAGAUUUUGAUGCAAAACUACCUUUUGGUGCAACCCUGUCCCUUGGCCAAGUGCAGAAGAUGAACUAUCACCCCCCAGCCAGAAUCAACCAUAAUGAGUACAUCAUACACAAUGCAGAUCAAGUAGCCAUCAGAUAUCUUGUUCUAUACAAUGGUUAAAACCCAUGAGCUGGUCAGUUUAACAAGACCCACUAGAUUUGUUUACUUUCAUGUCAUUGUUUUCUCUGUUUCUUGUUUUUAAAUUGUUGAAGCUGAACUGUUUAAACAGGACUUCUACUCAUUAGAUUUGUUUACUUUGUAUGUCACUGUUGCUCUGUCCCUUGGGUUAUUGUCCCCUGUUUGGCAGCAGCUUCCAUAUAUUCAUGUAUUAAAAUGUUAAUCGUUUGCUCUUUGAUGGAGGGUUCUAACAACAAAAAUGUUUUAAUUUUUAAGCUACAUACAUUCUUUAAUAGAAGUUUAUAAUACCCAUUGUGUUCAUGAAAAAAUACAAUUCAUUAUAAAAUCUAUUGAAAGGUUUACUACAUGUUAGUGGGGGAAUCUCUGUAAUUUUUUUUUUUAACUGUUGAAAAUGUUAUAUUUUUUAAACUUUUUUUUUUCUGUUGUCAGAAGAAUAAAAAAUAUUUUGAAGUUGACCAAUUUACUGUAACUUUUUCUUUUUGUGUACAUUUAAAAAAAAAUACAUUUUGUUAUUGAUGCUUUUGAGCUGUUUUAUUUAGAGCUGCAUUCUUACUUUGACCCAUCUACAUUUCUAUCCUCAUGAUGACAGAAUGUUUAUGGUGCUUGCAUGUUUUUGUAACAACUUGCUUUGUAAUUCUCUCCCAGUCAUAGUCACUUUGGCUGUUCACAAAUGCUUAAUUAGUUUGCAUUAUUGAAAGUAGUGUUAGAAUAAGGAGAGAAUUGUCAUACUGUGUCACAUUUGUGAGAGAUAACUCUAUGCUGGCUGAAUGAAAGCUUUAAUGACAAACAGAUAUUUUUAUUUUAGAUAUUUUUAUUUUGAUGUUCUUAAUAAAAAAAAAUUCUUUUAAUUACAUUUAUAACAUAUUUAUAAGAUAUAUUAAAAAAAAAAAUUGGUGUUUGUAUGGUUUUUGUGAGAAAGAAAAUUGAUGUCAAACAAAGUUUUAUUAAUGUAAAAAUGAAAAUAUUUUAGUGUGCUUUUUUAAACUGAGAUAUUAUUUUGUCAGUGAUAUUGUGAACUGCACAAAAGUGGUUAUCUUUAGGACAAAGCAACUUUUGAUAAUUUUUUUUAGAAAAGAAAUUAUUACUAGAAAAAUUUGUUUUUAGGAGGUGGGUGUUAAUGUUAACACAGUAAUACUAACAGAAAUUACCUCAGUAAAUGAUACAUAAGAUAACCUUACGUUAUUGCCAUAUGAUUGCCAUAUAAACAUUUUUCAUGAGCAGUGUUUUCAUCUAGAAGCCAUCAUUUUAAUCAGUAACAUUUUCUUUUCUGGACAUAAUUUUACAUUAACUGGUCAUCAAUUUUACAUUAACGGUUUAUCAUAUCAGUUAAAUGAGUUGUACUUUACAAUAUUGUUUGUGCAGACUUUUUAAAUUGAAUGUAAGCAUUUUUUUCCAAUCAUUUUUUUUUAAAUUAAUUUUUAUUGUGGAACUCUGUAUGGUUUUGUUAAAUACAAGCUUAUUGAAAUGUAGACACUAAAAGUCCAGGAAUAUUUUCACUCAAUUGUUGUGGCUUUGUCGUUGACCGUUUGAAUUUUUUAAAUUACACUUGUAAAGCACCUACUGUUGUCUUGAAAUGUAUUCUUAUUUACCAAAAUGAUUGAAUGAGUUGUUGUAGUAUACAAAAUUGUUGUUUAAUUCAGUGUUUUCAUGUAUUUUCUUGUCAUAUGAGAGAUGUCAAGCGAGCUUUUGUAUUUCAUUCUUGUACAUUGUUCCAUCAUUAAUGUCUUAAGUAGCAAAAAUUAUCUGUUUAUCAAAGUUCAAAAUAAACAUUUUCAAGUUAACCAA